CGAACCACUUGGCCUCUUCGGGGAUGUUUUGUCAUCAGUGCCAAAGAAGCCCCCGGACCUCGCCAUCCACCUUUCCCUUUCGUCUCUUCCAGAAAGUUGAUCAUACAUUCAAUUGAUUAAUUUCAUAUCCACAAAAAUAAUAUCAAAAUGGCUCGUCUGAGCUUCCUGCUGCUCGGCGCCCUUUCCGCGCUCAGCGGUUUCGCCAACGCCAGCUCCGCCGUUACGGACCUGAUCCCCAGCAACUUCGACCAGAUCGUCCUCAAGUCCGGCAAGCCCGCUCUCGUCGAGUUCUUCGCCCCCUGGUGCGGCCACUGCAAGACCCUUGCUCCCGUCUACGAGGAGCUCGCCGCUACCUUUGCUUUCGCCGAGGACAAGGUCACCGUCGCCAAGGUCGAUGCCGACGAGCACCGUGAUUUGGGCAAGCGCUUCGGCGUCCAGGGCUUCCCUACCCUGAAGUGGUUCGAUGGCAAGAGUGAUAAGCCUGAGGAGUACCAGGGUGGCCGUGAUCUGGAGAGCUUGUCCAAGUGGAUUACCGACAAGACUGGUAUUAAGCCGCGCGGUGCUCAGAAGGAGCCCAGCAAGAUUGAGUUCCUGAAUGACGCUACCUUCAAGACCGCCGUGGGUGGUGACAAGAAUGUCCUGGUUGCUUUCACUGCGCCGUGGUGCGGCCACUGCAAGACCCUCGCUCCCAUCUGGGAAACCGUCGCCAAUGACUUCGCUCUCGAGUCCGACAUUGUGAUCGCCAAGGUCGACGCCGAAGCUGAGAAUGCCCGCGCCCUGGCCAAGGAGCAGGGCGUCACCGGCUACCCUACCAUCAAGUUCUUCCCCAAGGGUUCCACUGAGCCCGAGGCCUACUCUGGCGCUCGCUCUGAGGAGGCCUUCGUCGAAUUCCUGAACACCAAGACUGGCUCUAACCGCGCCGUUGGCGGUGGUCUGAACGGCAAGGCUGGCACUGUUGCUGUCCUGGACAAGCUGGUUGCCGAGUACGUGCCUGCUAAGAACUUCGAGAAGCUCGCUACCGAGAUCAAGAAGGCUGCCAAGGAUCUGCAGGACAAGUACGCUCAGUACUACGUCAAGGUUGCCGAUAAGCUCGCCGAGAAUCAGGAGUAUGCCGCCAAGGAGCUGGCUCGUCUGGUCAAGGUCCUGGGCAAGGGUGGCUCUGCCCCUGAGAAGCUUGAUGAUCUCGUUUCGCGCAGCAACAUUCUCCGUGGCUUUGCCGGCGAGACUGUUGGCAAGGAUGAGCUGUAAGCUUGUUUUGUCGUGACUUGUUGAGUAUAUUGGAAAUUGGUAUUGGAACCCUCUCAUUUGCGUCCCAAACACCCUGCUAUGAAACCGUGGAAAAAUGAUUGGUAUCUUUUUUCACUGGAUUGUAUGAAUUAAGACAUGUCGAAUGCAGCCGGGCGGGUUCUUUUUAGGAGGAGACCUAGGCAUCUGUAUACGAGAAUAGAUUCAUUGCUUGAAGAUAUGCAUUUUAUCUGAAAAGUACGUCUUCUCCAGA